AUGGUUCGAAUUCACGACAGAUCGCCAUCUCCCGCCGAACCAGACUCGUUGCUCAAACGGCUCAAAACGACCCACGACGCUCCCCAAAACGACCCAACCGCCCAUUUCGCUCCCAACCUGCUGAGCGCAGACACAGUCCAGACGCUACACCAAUCCUACCACGCGAGCGAGCCGUACAAAUAUGUUGUUAUCGACAAACUAUUCGAUGACGAGUUGCUAAGAAAUGUGAAGGAUGAAUGUAUCGAGAAACUUGCGUUUACUGAGAAGGAAACUGAUAUAUACAAGGUCAACCAAACUGGCGACCUUGCCUCGCUAUCCUACCUCUCCCCCACCGAACUUGCCCUUUUCCAAAACCUCCUCACCCUUCGCAACGCCCUCUACUCCCCCGCAUUCCGUAAAUUUCUUCGUGCAGUGACAGGAUGUGGUCCACUAUCAGGAUCAAAACAAGACAUGUCUGUCAACUCAUACACGACAGGCUGUCACCUUCUCAAUCACGACGACGUCAUUGGCACCCGUCGUGUCUCCUACAUCCUCUACAUGCCCCUCCCACACACUGACCAAUGGAAAGCUGAGUAUGGCGGCGCCCUUGAGCUGUAUCCUACACGCAUAUCGGUGGAAGGAGCGGACCCAGAGCCGAUCCCUUUCCCUUCGAAAUCGAUCCCUCCAGCCUGGAACCAGUUCGUCUUCUUCGAGGUCCAACCAGGCAAAUCCUUCCACUCAGUUCAAGAAGUAGUCGCCACCGAACCAGGCGUGGCGCGGCUCAGCAUCAGCGGGUGGUUUCACGCUGCCCAGCCAGGCGAGGACGACUACUCACCAGACCUCGACCAACCCAUCGACUCGAAGAGCUCACGUGAGCAGCUCGUCAGCGGUGCCUCUACUCCUUUCACGCCCUACGAAACCAUAGAGGGAGAGACAGCAGUCCCAGACUCCCUACCACUCACCGCCGAACACCUCGCCUUCCUCUCUCGCUUCCUCAGUCCCGUCUACCUACGUGCAUCCACUCUUACCGCACUCGCGAAACGCUUCGUCGACGAGUCUUCUCUUGAGCUGCACCAGUUCCUCGCCGUUCCAUCUACACUCGAAGAUGCUCUUAGAGCAACGGACAAACGCGAUGGGCUGGGAUUAGGCAGGAGUGGUCAGGUACCAAGUCAUGAGGCGGGUACUGGUGAUAAAUGGGACGUGAAAGGCCCACCCCAUAAAUGGCGAUAUUGCACACUCCGUCCCACCAGCACUUCACCGUCUCUCCCACCUCCUCUCAGUUCAUCUCCCUCCCACACCACAGAUCCCAAUACUCUCGACCCAUCCGCCUUCCUCCCCGCCCUUCAGUCCCACUUAUUCCCGUCUCCCGCGUUUCGUGCGUGGCUAGCAGUUGUAACAUCAAUGUUCCCUCUUGCAUACAGCGUGCAGGCGAGAAGGUUCAGGCCUGGCUUGGACUAUACCCUAGCGACAAGCGAGGAGGACGAGGCGAGGUUAGACGUAGUUUUGGGUUUGACGCCAGACGUGACCCCGAAGAAUAUGAACGAGGGUGGGAAAGGAAAGGGAAAAGGGAAAGGGAAGACAAAGUCGAAAGGCAAAGGAAAGGAAGAAGAGGAGCGCGGAUGGCAAACGGGCGAGUGGGGCGGAUGGGAGUGCUACAUGGCCCCACACGACGAAGAAGAUGACCCCGCCGUCUACCGUUCCAGCUCCACAAAAUCAAAACCAACGUCCUCGCAAAAAUCAAAUGACAUCAACGUCACCACUUCGUCCACCGUCCCUGGGGCAGAUGCUGACGCCGACAUGGACUCUCAUGCAAAUGGUGGCGAAGAAAACCCUGUCUCGGACGCAGAAGAAGAACGCGAAGAUGACGACGACGACGACGACGCAACGCUCUUAACAGUUCAACCAGGCUUUAACCGCCUCCUCCUCGUCCUGCGCGAUGCGCGAGUUAUGCGGUUCGUGAAAUAUGUGUCAGCGGCUGCGGAGGGGUCGAGGUGGGAUGUGUGUGGGGAGUUUGAGGUUGGGGUUGUCGAGGAAGAAGAAGAAGAGGAGGGCGAAGAAGAGGAGGAUGACGAGGAGUAAGAGUAGUUCACGGGUGGAGAAAUAUGGACGGGGAGUACUAGCGGAUGUAAAAAGUGUAUACGCUCGCAGUAUAUAGCAGCGCAUAUAUGUAUAUAUGUAGUCCGGUCGCUAUGACUCAAUAUUACUCAAUGACCUAAC